ACGCGGGGCAGUGCCUCAUGUAGCGUCUCCGUACCGGAAUUCCUUCUAAACUCUUUUCCAAAUUGAAGUUUUAGGCCGUACACACUCGUCUUUCGUUCGAUAAAUUACAAACGUUUCGGUGCAUUUUACACGUUCUAGAUAUUUUUUCUCCAGUUUCACUUUCUUCCGCCAUUUUUACUUUCCUCGUAACUCAAUAAUACCGGUUCACAUUUUUCUCUCAGCAAUAGGCUAAAGUAUAUACAACCCUUCAGUACACCACUUGCUAUACACACGUUAACAUUCAAGAAUUUUACCGAUCACGACUUAAAUCUCGACAAAACAUCGUCUAAACGUUCAGCGUCCCAGUGUCGCGUUUGAAUUUCGCGGUUCUCAUUGACAUCAAUUUCUAUGGUGCGUAGAAAAUUCGGCGCAUGUCGCUAGACUCCGUCAGGCGUCUAUAAUGGCCAAGAAAGAAAAUGCUGUGAUCUUAAGUUAGGAUUUUUAUAAUUACUUUUACAUAUUUGGACCCCGGCUAUUGACCACAUACUACAUAAGGGGCCAUGGGGGACUUGCAGCACUUCUGUUUGAGAUGGAACAACUACCAGUCCAGCAUCACUUCAGCUUUUGAGAACCUACGAGAUGACGAAGACUUUGUGGAUGUCACGUUAGCUUGCGACGGCAAGAGUCUCAAGGCUCACAGAGUAGUUCUGUCUGCCUGCAGUCCUUACUUCCGAGAACUGCUAAAGAGUACACCAUGCAAACACCCAGUUAUUGUGUUACAAGAUGUAAUAUUCGAAGAUUUACACGCUCUCGUAGAGUUCAUCUACCACGGUGAAGUGAAUGUACAUCAGAAAGCCCUGCCUUCGUUCCUCAAAACAGCAGAAGUUCUGCGAGUUAGCGGCCUUACUCAACAGUCUGAAUCCAAGGAAGAGGCUGGAGAAAAAGGAAAAGAAGGUUUAGAGGAGAAGGAGAACUGGCUGGCGUACAGACGCACCCCAACCACCAGCGCCCCUACCACCAAUCACCCGCAGUUCAGGCAUCGUGAGCGCAGACCUUCCAACUCAGAAAAUACAGACACUCAGGAGAGCAAUUCAGUUCCAUCAAAGAAAAUAAGGACAGAGUCCAAUUCAGCUCACGAGCAAAAUCAGCAGGCACAAAACAACCACCAAGACAAGGACGACUCUGAACCUCCGGUAGACUUCUCAAAAGUAAAGAAACAAGAUGCAGAGAGCAGCAGUCCAGGGCCUGGGAGGGAGAGGGAGAGGGAGCGAGAAAGAGAACGAGAAGGGAGAGAUGAGAACCACUCCCAUGCUCCCGUCAAGUCAGAGCCUGUGGAAAUGGGAGGAGGGGGAGAACCUGAGGACAGCAACGAGUCAGCUGUCAUCAGCGAGCCGCAGAUUGUAACUACAGAACAUGAUGACAGCAUUCCUAGCGGACCACACCAGAACUACUUCGACAGCAAACUAUUCGCAGUCGCCGGGGCUUCCUUCAACUUCAGUAUGGCAGCAGCCCUAGCGGCUGACUCUUUAGCAGGGCUCAAUAAUCAAGGUCACGUUGGCAGUGGAAAUGAACUCGUUCCUGCAGGCACCUCCCAAGGGAUGGUGAUGCCACCGCCCAUGAUUGGAGGGAUAAACGAACCCCAAGACUGCCCCUACUGUCGCCGCACCUUCAGUUGCUACUACUCCCUUAAACGUCACUUCCAGGAUAAACACGAGCAGUCGGACACACUUUACGUGUGUGAGUUCUGCCACCGUCGUUACCGCACCAAAAACAGUCUGACCACGCACAAGAGUCUUCAGCACCGCGGUACGUCCGGCAUGCUCAAGCGACUGCUCAAAACAUCGGCUUUCUUCGGCCAUCCGCCCUUCUAACUACACGAUAACGCCCGACUCAUGUUGUAGGGGCUGAGAUGCCUGUGAUACUGCUGUCUGCUCGGCUGAAAAUGUUCUAAAAUCUUAGCAAAAAUUACAAAUCUUAUCGAAAUGGUAUGGAUAGAGGUGUAAUAGUAACUCAGUUGAAUAUAUUUCACACAAGUAAAGAAGAACAUUUCUUAAAUUCAAUUUUUAACGCUCACAGAUAAUGUUUGGACAAUUUUGAGCGGAUUGAUGCAUACAUGUAACAGCUGAGCGAUAUUAUUCAACCGGCAGUAAAGAAUCUUGCCCUAUAAUGUUUAAUCUUGAGAAAUCUUGAUGUUAUAGAAUUGGUAUUUUUAUAGACAUUCCCAACAACAGUGAGUGAGGUAAUCAAUAAUUGUGGUUGUCAUUCUGCAUCAUAAUAUUUUCAAGUUUUCAAGUACAGUAAUCAAAGAAAAAAUUCAGAUUUUUCUCCCAGAUGUUGGUUGUUUUUAUUGGAUAAACAGUCAUUACAAUCUGGGCAGCGUAUUAUGAUGCAUUUUGCAAAAAUCCACUGUCAUAUUUUUUUACUGAACCGAGAGACAAUUUUUAUAGUUUUCAACUUAGCUCUGCAUUUGUUCUCUGAUUGCGGUUUCUACAGUACUUAAUUUACUAGUAGGUAACGCAUUUCUUGAACUAUCUAGGUGAAUGUGUUUGUUAGAAAGAUAAAUAAAUAAUGGCACGAUAUAUGCAUUAAUAAGCUAAUAAUGGUUUUUCAAAUAUCAGUACUGGUAUUUUUAUAUUAAUCAAAUAAAGGUUCCUUUGGUGUCGCAUAUUUACAAGACAUUUUUAUAACCAAUAUAAAGUGAUUUGACAUGUUAUAACAUAUAACCUUUUCUAACAUAUUGUUCUGAGGCUACUGCUAAGUCUCCACUCGUAAACUAUACAGCCAAUAUGUCGAAGUAGUUGUGUGCCAACAUAAACACUUCUUCCACCUCACCUCGAAUCAAUAUUUUAUACAUUUUUUGACCUAAUUAUUACGACAUUAGUACGAUAUUGUCAGUUAGUAAGCAGUUAACAGUCAGCAGUUUCACAGGUACAGUCAGUCCCAAAACAUGAUUUUUGGGCCAUACGCAUGUUAAAACGUACAUAGAUUGUGAUAUGGUACAUUACACUUUAUAGAAAACUUUUGUGAUAUUUUUGUAUUUUAUUAUUAAAUAUGUUAUUUGAAUGUUUUUAUAGGUUAUAAAAUUUUGAUAGCUUUACCAUUCCAGUUUAGUUUU